AUGGAGCGCCCCCACCGUCCUCCGCCGCUCACAAUCCCCCCGCCGCCCCGAAGCCGGACCCGAGUCCGGAGACCUCGCCGUCCCAACGCACAACAGGCGCGACAGUUCAAGCGAUGGCUGCUCCGCGCCCAAAUCGCCAAUGACGUAGCGCACGUCGCCGCCGCAUCGAUACUCUUAUGGAUCAUGUCGUGGUUCCUCUACAACGUCUCGUUUCCUUUGACAUAUCCCGCAGGGUUCGUCGCCAUAUCUCCUCACAUCUACUAUCCACGCGAUAUUCAAUACAUACUGACCGUGAUAAAUAGCCCCGCCGCCAUUGCUCUGAUCGCGAUCCUCUCCACAGACAUUCUCCUCGACGCCCGCUCAAUAGUCCACGCUCACGACCCCUGGCCAGGCUGGACCCUCCUCAUCCGCCUCGUCCUAGGCGCCUCCCUCAUCGCAAUCUUCUGGGUCUAUAUCUCCCUCGGUGACGUCUUUGCGCGCGGGUUCACGUACUGGGGUAUGUCCGACAGCUAUGGCCGCGUGCUGGCGUACAUGUUCCUCUGGGGCAUCGGGCUCUGGGACUUGCUUUUUGUAUUACUGUGUCGGCAUUGGCUGGGCAAGGAGGUCAAGAGGUACGGGGAGAAGGCGAGACAGGUGUUUGGGAAUGAGAAUGGGAGAAGGAGGGGGAUUAGAGGGAGGAUGUCGCCUGGUGGGAGCGCGAUGAGACUUGGGAGUGCGGGUGGAGAGCGCCCCGAGCGGAUUGGUGUCGUCGAUCUCGAGGCUGCGAGGCCUGUUGAGGAGGGCGACGGCGGUGAUGUCGGUAGGGAGAGGGUUGGGUUACCUGUGAGGAUGGGCGUGAGAAGAGUCAAGAACAGCGUGAGCGCGAGCGUCAACUCCGUCGCGAGUGGGACGGGGCCGGGGAAUGGGAUGGGAAACGAGGAUUCACGCCACCUCCGCCUGCAUUUAUGA